AUGCUUCACCAAGGAGACUCAGUGGUAAUUAACUGCACAAUAUUCAGUGAGAUGAAAACAGAGGAUUUCAGAGUUUCCUGGUUCAAAGUAGCUGAGGAUGAUUCCCAUCCAGGAGUCAUUUACACCGACAUGAACAGGAGCCGUAACUGUGAGAGGGGCUGUAGCUACAGACUAGCCAGGACCAACCUCAGCCUCACAGACACUGGAACAUACUACUGUGCUAUUUCCACAUGCGGCAAGAUACUGUUUGGAAACGGAACAGUCCUAAACAUCAGGGAGCCCGUGAAUCCCCUUGUGUAUGGUCUGAGUGUUGCAGUGGGACUGUGUGCAAUUCUCAUACUAAUAUUCAUCAUCUCCAAGAAAAGUAAAUGCUCUAAAGACCAGGAUAUGAAUGUGGACAUGAUGAAUUAUGCAGCGCUGAAUUUCUCUGACACAUGGACUACAAGAGGGAGGAAGAAGAGAGAGCUGCAACAGGACACUGUGUACACUGGAGUUAAUUAUUCUUGCUUUGAGAGGCUGGUCCUGGACCAUAUCAAGACCUGCUUACCAACCUCACUGGACCCCUUACAAUUCGCCUACCAUCAGAACAGGAGCACAGAGGAUGCCAUCUCUAUGGCACUUCAUUCUGCCCUGUCCCACCUUGACAAUAGCAACACCUGUACCAAAGAGGUCAUUGUGGAUUUCAGGAAGUCUAAAGCGAAUACACACAUCUCCAUUCUCAUCAACAGGACUGAGGUGGAAUGUGUCACCAACUUCAAGUUCCUGGGUGUCUACAUCUCUGAGGAUCUCUCUUGGACCUUUAAUACCUCUUCCCUGAUCAAGAAGGCUCACCAGCGUCUCUUCUUCCUGAAGAUACUAAAGAAGGUCCACCUGUCUCUUCAGAUCCUGGUGGACUUAUAG